GCCAUUUGAUCAGUCGUAAAAAAACCAUUGAAGCAGUCAGUAUAACUACGAGUAUCAUUGCAACUAUAAAAACGAAAAUGAAAGUUUUCUUUGUUUUACUGCUCUGUCCAUUUUUAAAUGUUUUGGCAAGUACUAGUGGAAUAUAUGGUCCAAGAAGACCUCGUCCAAGAACUCCUGACACACUUACUAAAGAAAAUUUAGCAGAUAGAAAGAGACUUAAAUUUACAAACGUACUCAUUGACAGACAUAUUUUAGAAAAAACCAUUAGGAACAAAAUAAUACAUUUUGUUGUUCAACAAGAUGAAGAAAUAAUGAAGAAAUUGACUUUUAUGUUUGCACUACCUGAAAAAGAUAUUAAUGAGGACUUGGAAUACCAGAAGGCAUUGGAGUAUGAACUGACACUAGAAUUAAACAAAGAAUUUGGUAAUUAUAAAAUUUAA